AUGUGGAGUGGGGCGGCCUGUACACAGUCGACUUUCUCGCUCCUCUCAAGCUCCAUUGGUGGCAGCUGCGAUGGAAUCCUCCGGGAUCGGCGCUGCCAAGCACGGGUGAGGAGCAAGCUCCGCUUGAACAUCCCCUUCGAUGCGGCUCUGGCGGCUCUGCGAUCUGAUGACCACGAGAACCAGCAGCCUUCCAACGAAGGGGAUGAACAGACAAGCGGAGCGGAUGGGAAGCCGCAGAUCAGUGGCGACCAAACGGAGAGCUGGAGCAAUCAGACUUCUCCGAGCAGCCCGCAGCGAAAGGCGCCCCGGAAGCUUGAGGAUCUCCCUCCGCGCAAGAGGAAGCCGAAGGCCGUGCAGGUCGUGCCAGUGAUGCCAGACCCGGUAGUGGUACAAAAGUCGCAGCCCACCAUUUCCUCCGAAGUGGCGCAAGCUUUGCGAUUCCUUCUGGGGAAGGAGGACGAGGGAGUGCCUGGUGUGAGCAGCGUAGCGUCGAGCCGACAGGGUUCCAAGGAGAAGCGGGGCUCAAUGCUCGGCGCCGAGAAGCGGGGCUCUCUCCUGGGAACUCGCGACCGACGUGCUUCCACGCGCUCCUCGACCCUGGCGCCGGAGCGGCGAGGGUCCAACUUGGCGCCGCCCUCCGGGCGCGGCUCAAUGUCCUCGGUGUCUGUCGGAAGUCGACGCAACUCGGGUUCCUACCCAGAUGCCCGGGAGGGCCAUGGUGCGAGCCCUCACCGCCAGCCUUCGAGGCAGUCCAUUGACUCGGACUUGGCAUCUCUGUCCUCAGGGGGAAGCCGUAGGCCUUCCAUCUCGGAGCGACGGAACUCUGGAGUUUCGAGCAGAGGUCGACUAGGUCCGCCUCGGCGAGGAGCGAAAUUUGGCGCCCAGGUCGAUUUCUUUGCCGGGCCCCGUGUCCAGAAGGCAGACAGUGUCAUCAGUGAGGCGAAGUCAGAGGCUUGGUUGGCCCGAGAGUUGGGAAUUCCUAUCUACGUCCUGCAACAAUCCCUGGCCAUCUUCAAGAAGUACUGUGCAGACUACGUCUGCUGGCCUGAGGAUGAAGAGGCUUCAGGGCUCCCUGAGGACGGUGUCGCGGUUCGGAGUAUUUUCCUCAGCAGCAGCAUCAGCAUAUCAGCGGUAUCUUUGAUCGUAUCCCCUUUUACAGCUGCAUCAUCACAUUUCUUGAGCUCAUACGUGUUGGCUGGCGAUUGGUUCGCUGCACACGAUGUUGCAUGA